AUGUCUCGAGACUACAACGCAGCCCUUGAGAAGCUGGCUCUCCUCCAGUCUAACCGCAUCGUCACCAGCCUCUUCGAAUCAUCAGAGAAAAAGUCUCCCCAGGACCUCAAUGCGCUCGCCAUCCCAGAGAUGCUGGAAUGGCUUCGCCGCGCAGGAUACACGCCCCAGGACCUCGUUCGCAUGCGGCACAUUCACGUGGCGGGCACAAAGGGCAAAGGCUCCGUUUGCGCGUACGCGACGGCCAUGUUGGCGAAAUAUCGCUCCGUGGGCACGUAUACGAGCCCGCAUCUUGUGAAUGUGCGGGAGCGCAUCGCUAUCAAUGGCGAGCCUGUGGGAAAAGAAGCAUUUGCUAGUGCCUUUUUCGAAGUCUGGGAUCGGCUGACGGAGGCUGCUGUGAAGGAGGGCAUGGCACCUGCUGAGGCUGAAGGCACGGCGUCGAAGCCGUUUUACUUUCGGUUCUUGACGAUUCUUGCGUGGCAUAUCUUCCUCAAGGAGGGGAUAAAAGAUGUCGUCAUUGAGUGUGGAAUUGGAGGCGAGUAUGAUUCGACGAAUGUACUCCCCCCGGAGGCUGUUUCGGCCGCGGUUAUUUCGCAGUUGGGGAUUGACCAUGUGGCGAUGCUGGGGGACACCGUGGAGAAGAUUUCGUGGCACAAGGCGGGGAUAUUGAAGCCUGGGGUGAAAGGAUUUACACUGAAGUUGGAUGAGCAGCCGGGCGUCAUGAAGGUGCUAAGAGAGAGAGCCGCAGAAAAGAAGGCCGAGCUGGUGGAGGUUAAAAAUGAAGACAUUGAGAGAUGGGGUGGUGUGAGUGGUCUGUUGAAGGGAGAUUUUCAGAAGAAGAACCAGGCGCUUGCUGUCAUGGCCGUGAGAGAGCAUCUUGGCAUGAGAGAAGAUAGGCCACUGGAGAAUAUCCCCAAGGAGAUGAUUGAAGGACUGCAGGAGGCGAAACUCAGAGGUCGAUGCGAGGUUAUUAAUGACGGGACGGUAGAGUGGCUCUUGGAUGGAGCGCACACAAAAGACAGCUUGGAAGAAGUGGCGAAGUGGUCGAUCCAGCACCAUUCAAUUACAGAAGAACCCUUGAUACUAGUAUUCAACCAGCAAGAAAGGAACAUAUCACAACUAUUAGCAGACUUUGUCGAAGCUACAAAGAGGGAAGCAGGCAAACAAGACAUUUUCCGACACGCCAUCUUCACACGGAACGAGAUUCCAAGACCGCCCGAUGGAGAACUCAGGGAUAUCGAUAUGCAGAAGCAGGCGGCGGAGACGAUGCGCCGCUUGGUUCCCGGGUGUGAGGUGCAGAUAUUUGACAAUACUGCGGAUUCAGUGGCAGAGGCGAAGAGGCUUGCGCAAGGGCAGGAUGAUGGCGGGUCAAAGAAGAGGGUUUUGGUUACGGGGAGUUUGCAUCUUGUUGGAAGUGUACUGCAAGUUCUUGAAUCGUAA